GCUCCCAUGCCCUGGCGAUACUGAGGAUUUCGCCCACUUGGCGGAAGACCCCUUCACGGUGCCGCGUGCUCACGCCUACGUCACGACCACUCACGACCACCACGGGAUCUUGGAGUAGACGAAUCAACCGAUCGAAAUCCCCAACACCUACGACGAAGCCAUGAGCUCACCUCAGCGCGAAAAAUGGAAAGGAGCGUGCAGCAAGGAAAUGGACAAUCUGCGGAAACACAACGUCUACAAUCUGGUGCCCCUCAGUAGCGUUCCCAAGGGAGAGAAUAUUAUCGCAACGAAAUGCGUCUUCAAGAAAAAGCUGGACGGACGCUUCAAAGCUCGUCUGGUAGUAGUCGGAGGACAUCGUCAAGAGCCAGGACAGGAUUACGGACGCAGUUACGCACCAGUAUGCCAUAUCGGGAGCAUUCGCAUGACGUGCGCCAUUGGCGGCCACAACAACUGGCCCAUCUACCAACUGGACGUUGUCGGUGCCUUCCUAAACGCCCUCUGCGACAGAAACGUGUACGUCAGACCCGCCCCCGGUACAUCCGACAAGAACUCCGCAACAGGAGAACUCAUGGUGUACAAACUAGAACGGAGCCUCUACGGCCUAUCGCAGUCGCCGGCGCUCUGGAACGACACCCUGGACGAGUCUCUCACGGUAUGCGGAUGGAAAAGGACUCAAUCCGACCCCUGCGUGUGCGUGUAUACCAGCGGCAACAUCAUCGUGUUUUUCACGGUCUACGUAGACGACAUUCUCAUCACGGGAGGAGAUCAGCAGCUCGUGGACUAG